AUGCGAAACUCGACGAACACAAGCAAACAGGGCAUCACUGCCACAGGCCGCCAACUGAAUAUGUUCUUACAGCUUCCUACUGAGUUGAUACAAAACAUCGCGUACCUGCUCCCAACCAACGCAGAUAGGAUCAAUUUUGCGCAAUGCUCAUCUGAUCUGGCAGCCAAAAUCCUACCCGCUGAAUCGCAUAUCUGGAGAAGACUGUUUCGAGAUACUUAUGAUGAAAUAAUGAGGCUCAGUGUUGUGGAUUAUAAAAUCGAAUACCAAAUUCGGACCAUCGUGCUCGCUCGACCUGUCGACUUCAAGUAUGGUCAAAAGGAGAAGCAAACAUAUUGGCUAGAACUUCUAAGAGAUAUGAUUCGAGAGGGACUUGGCCAGGACGAAUCGAGUGAGGUCCCAAAAACCUUCAGCUGUCUUCGUGAGGCCCUUUUCAACACCGAGUUCCUAAAUAGGCCUGUGAGCGGCUACAUGAUGAGAAAGCCUGAUCCUCCUUCGGAUCUGUUUUGUGCCGUCCAAUUGGCUCUUACUUACUUAGCAUUGGAUCCGUCCAUGCACGUCCGCUGCCUGCGAACCGAUUAUGAUAUUGGAGCUGUCUAUGCUUUACCAGAGACAGAAAAAGAACUUAUCGACGUGGAUUUUGAAUUGUCAAUGGAUGUUGCUUUAGACAUCCGGAACUUCUGGCUUCGCCAUCUUCUCAAUCCAGAUGAGGGCACGUUCCAUAUCUCAUAUAUGAACUUGCCCAAAUAUCACAGGCCGGCUCGCCCAAGUCCAAUGGGUCUUAUUUUAGGUGACGAAAAGCGAAAGCUUCCUCUUUCUUGGCUAGGAUAUGAAUCAUGCAUUUGCCCGCACCCACCCGAAGUAUCGGAGCUUGAAGUUCGGCAAACCUGCGCUGAUUUAAACGGCCACAUAGUUGAGGUUGAACACAUAACCCUUCAACUCGAAGAACAUCCUGACCCCGGGAAUUGGCCCGAUCUUUUUGAGAAGUAUGUCAGCGAGUUCCGGGGCCGGCAUGACGAUAAAUGCACAUUUUUCCGCGGCAUCCAGACAUAUCACGGCUCUGGAGGCGAUCGGUCAGCUCCAGUACGCGGCUUUAUUGAGAAUACAUAUGGCGAUAGGAUACGUGGAUGCUGGUCACGCAUUACUUUCGUCACAUAUGAAUCCAGUCACUGGCAGGGGGAACACGGGGCCUUGGGAUCCUACUUCAGUGAGCCAUGGCCUCCGAUGGAUUUGCAUGAUGACUUCACUUCGAUAUAUGCGUAUUCGGGCGUAGUCAUCCCGGGAAGUUCUCUCAUGGUUGGGCAUUGGUGGGAUCCGUGGGCAGAUGAAGAUACUGGAGAUAAAGGACCAUUCAUUUUCUGGUGCAUAUGA